AUGACCAGCACUCCUUUUCCAGGUGACCGGCUCUUGCAGGUGGAUGGAGUGAGUCUAUGCGGCCUCACUCACAAGCAGGCUGUGCAGUGUCUUAAGGGUCCUGGGCAGGUGGCACGACUGGUCUUAGAGAGGAGAAGUCCCAGGGUUGCGCUACCCAGUCCUUCUGCUGAUGACAGGAUGGGAGAUGUGCACAUGGCUGUUUCCCUGGUAACAGCCCGGUCUGGCAGGCCUGCAAGCUGUGUCUCAGUGACAGAUGGUACUACGUUUGAAGUCAAACUGAAGAAGAACAGCAGUGGUUUGGGAUUCAGUUUUGUGCAGAUGGAGAGAGGAAACAGCAGCCAUCUCAAGAGCAACCUUGUUAGGAUUAAGAGGCUCUUUCCUGGGCAGCCAGCUGAAGAACAUGGAGCCAUUGCAGCUGGUGACAUCAUCCUGGCAGUGAAUGGGAAGCCCAUAGAGGGCCUUGCCUUCCAGGAAGUGCUCCAUUUAUUGCGUGGGGCUCCAGAGGAAGUGACGCUGCUCCUCUGUCGACCCCAUCCUGGGACACUACCUGAGAUGGAGCAGGGAUGGCAGACCCCUGAACUAUCAGCAGACCAAAGAUUCACCAUGGCAACAUGUACUGAAUCAGAGCAGAGUCCCAGCCUAGAUCAAGAGGACAGCUGGAGGGACAGUGCCUCCCUGGACAUAAGAGAAGACCUGGGUUCCAGACCAGAGUCUUCCUACAAGGCUGUCAGAGAGGUGAAAGGAGACCACCACAGACAGGGACCCUGGGCCAGGUCCCCCAUGCGCCCUAUGGAAUCCCAUCCUCACUUGUGCAAACUCCACCGAGAACCAGAGGCACCAGCGUUGGCUACCUCUUUGGAAAAGGAUAUGAGACAAAACUGCUAUUCUGUGUGUGAUAUCAGGAGACUGGAAAGAUUUUCCUUCUCAUCUUCUCUAACCAGAUUAGCGACAGAUAUUUUCUGAGCGCCUCUCUGCAUGUGUGCAGUGCUGCACAGAACACCCUGCUGUCUGCAGGACUGCUCUUUCUCAUCCAAGGCAUGUGUGGCUAUCUUGGGUCCUCGCUGGAAGGCUGAAUCUUUCUCUUACAUCUGCGUGUGCACCGCCCAAUAAUGAGCCUCGCCGGUCCUCUGCCUCCUGUGUCCUUCUUUUGACACGGGGAAUAAUGUCACUCCAGCUGGCUGCCUCUCUAAAGACUUUAUCGGUGCUCUGACUGGGACCUGAUAUUUGCACAAAGUGCUUUGAAGGUUGUUCCUAGUCUUCUUGGGCUCUUUUCCCUCUAAUCUGUCUGCUGAAAUAGUUCAAACCAUCGGAGUCGCACACAAUAGCAACAUUUCACUGAUGGAAAACUUACCCUGUACCAGCACUCCUGGAAGGCAUAUAAUGUAUAACAAUCAUUUGAUUUAUAGCUUCUAACAAUUCUAACAAUUUCAAGACCUUCCUGUGUUUCAGACAAGAAAAGCAAGAUUGCAGAUAAGCAGUAUACCUACCCAGGGUCUCAGUGUAAAACACAAGUCCCAGAACUGACCCCAGGUCCUAGCUUUGCCUGCACUGAUGUGCCCUCUGGCAGCUCCCCCAUGGGCCCCUAGGUUUAAUACGCUGAGCUGCUUCUGCUUACUGCCCACACUGUAAUAUUUCUGGGCUGCUCUUGUUCUCACGUGCCUGGAAGUCUCACCAGUUCAGGGACCAUAGUAUUUGCUGUUUAUACCCUGGCGCUCAGGACACCCUCUGGCCAGGACUUAUGUAAUGAACAAGGAUGGGGAUUUUGAGAGGCAAGGAGAAGGUGGGCCAGGAAUUGCUGAUGGAGGCUGGACCACACACAAGUUUCUGUUUUCUGGUCCUGGAUCGGACAGGGAUGAUGCUGAAGGUGGCACAUGUUUUCUUCACGAAACCUCUCCUCUCACCUUGGAUGAUGAAGACUACUUGACCCUCGACCCCACGUUCUCAGGCCAGCUGCCCUGUGAAGAAUGUCUAGAGGCAGAUUCUGAGACUAUUCCUCUGCCGCAGUUCUGCUCUUGGGGUGCUCUCGCAAAGUCUACACUUCCGGAAGAAUCCCCCGGGAGUGAGAGUGACUGGGAGGAUCUGGAGGAGUCUGUGGCCAUGGAUAGCAUCCUCAGGUGAGCACACGGAGCGGAGCACCUCCUGGGACAGAGCCUGAGGGUUUCUGUGUGGGCAUCCCCGAGAAGAUGAGGUGGGGUGGAGCUCGUGCCCAGCUGUUGAGUGCUGACUUCUAAGUCUUUGUGCCUGGUGUUCCUGAGGGUAAUCAUCUUUAGUCGUCAUGACUUCCUCUUCAGCUCUGGGGCUUAAGUCAAGCAAAUCUUUGUGCAAAUGGACUGGGGUUGUUCUCAUGAAAGGAACUGGAAACAUAAUUUAAGCAACGUAAACUACGGCAGGGGAAAGUUCUGGUUGUCAAACAGGUGCGCCAUUUUCCAAGAUGGAUGAUGCAACAUUCCGGUUUGCACCGCUGAGUCUUCGUUGGGCAAAGGACUCUGCUUGUCAAAGUGUCACCAGUAUGCUGGAAGGAAUCUGCCAAGGGGCUUGGCUCAAAGGUCGCAGAGGGAAUAACCUUCUGUGUUUUUCUGUUUUGGUUUUUCCGUCUUUCCUUCAACUCCAAAUAAUCAUGUGUUCUUUUCAAAUGACUCUUCUGUUUGAUCUUAAUGUCUGAUUCUCAUUAUAUAAAUGUAAACUAUAGUAGAGCUAACAUUUCUUGAUGUUGCUAUGUAGAUGGCACAAUAAAACUUAUGGAAUUAGCAAAUAUAUAAAGGAAAUAGACCUGGUGGACCACAAUUCAAGUCGUUGGUGUGCCUCUGUGUAAUGUGAACCAUAUGGCAGAGAUGAGGUCUCACAUAAUAUAAUGAGGGUGCGUGUUUAAUGUAGGUCAUGGCUUGUUCUGCCACUUUCAGAAAAUAAUUUUUCAGCAAUUUGAAUAGCCUUG